GGAAAAGUACCCUCUCUUAGUUGGAUUUCUAUCGCCAACACUCCAUUUCCUCUAUAUUAAAGUCCCCUUUCUUCCCCAAACUGAAGCUGAGAAAGCAGAGCAAAACUUUCUCUUUGCUUCCUCUUCAUAUUUUCCCAUUCCAGUUCCAUUGUUUCCAGCUUCGAAAUUGCAGACAAGAUGACCAUCACAAUAGAGUCCCCUCGUAUUGUUGAUUUUGCAGAGAAGAACCUCAUCACUGAAACAAAGGAACUGCUUUUAGAUGGAGGUUUCUCAAUUCCUGAAACCAACGCUUUUGGCCAGACUUUCAGGGAUUACAAAGCUGAAUCUGAGAGAAAGAAGACAGUUGAAGAAUUCUAUCGCUUGAAUCACACUAAUCAGUCCUAUGCUUUUGUGAAGAGGAUGAGGGAGGAGUAUGGGAAGCUUGACAGGGUGGAGAUGAGCAUUUGGGAAUGCAUUGAAUUGCUUAAUGAGUUUGUUGACGACAGUGAUCCUGAUCUUGAUGAGCCGCAGAUUGAGCAUUUGUUGCAGACUGCUGAGGCUAUUAGGAAGGAUUAUCCAAAUGAGGAUUGGCUUCACUUAACGGGCCUUAUUCAUGAUCUUGGAAAGGUUCUUCUUCAUCCUAGUUUUGGAGAGCUUCCUCAGUGGGCAGUAGUUGGUGACACUUUCCCUGUGGGCUGUGCUUUUGAUGAAUCUAAUGUGCACUACAAGUUUUUUGAAGGGAACGCAGACUAUCACAUUCCCAUGUACAAUAGCCUAUAUGGAGUUUACUCUGAAGGGUGUGGCCUUGACAAUGUGCUAAUGUCAUGGGGUCAUGAUGAUUACAUGUAUCUGGUGGCUAAGGAGAACAAGGCAACUUUGCCCUCUGCUGCUCUUUUCAUCAUUAGAUACCAUUCUUUCUAUCCACUCCAUAGAUUUGGAGCUUACUCAUACUUGAUGAAUGAGGAAGACAGAGAGAACAUAAAAUGGCUGCAUAUAUUCAACAAAUAUGAUCUCUAUAGUAAAAGCAAGGUUAGAAUUGAUGUGGAGAAGGUGAAACCAUACUACGAGUCUCUGAUUGAAAAGUAUUUUCCGGCUAAGUUGAAAUGGUGAAAAUUUUCGGGAUAAAGUUCAGGAAUUAAGUUCUGAAAGUGCAUGGAGAUAUGGAAGUGUGGGGCUUAGUUUGUUAAGUGGAAUAAAGUAAUCAAUUUUUUUACAGUUUAGAAAGUGCUGUUCAAUUAUAAAGAUAUGAAAUAAGGUUUAGGAAAACUUUUUUAUUUGUGUUAACAUUGUGUUAUAUUAGUUCAAUAUAUAUAUAUAUCUUAACUGUUUAUCGAGGCAUAGUUGAUAUGGGCGCC